AUGCAGGCUAUUCUUUUCCUUUUCACAUUUUUUGCGCUGGCAUCACAACCAGUGAUUGCGUGGGGCGACGUUGGACACCGAGCUAUAGCCUACUUGGCUGAGAAAUACCUUACUGAUGCCGGCUCAAAUCUCGUCAACGAGCUUCUCGCCAACGACAAGAACUAUGAUAUCUCCGACGCCGCAACGUGGGCUGACACCAUCAAAUGGAAACGACCGCUAACUAGACCCUUGCAUUAUAUCAAUCCAGAUGAUGAACCCCCAAAGUCCUGUUUCGUCUCAUACCCCCACGAUUGCCCUCCCAAGGGUUGCAUUAUCUCACAGAUGGCAAACAUGACUCGUCAAAUCAAUGAUCGGGAAGCCAAUAUGACCCAACAGAAAGAAGCCUUGAUGUUUUUGAUUCACCUGUUUGGGGACUUACACCAACCCCUGCACGUCACAGGAGUCGCCAGAGGUGGGAAUGAUAUUCAUGUCUGCUUCGAUGGCAAGGAUCACUGUAACAACGACACCAAGAGAUGGAACCUACACUCCGUCUGGGAUACUGCCAUUCCACACAAGAUUAAUGGCAUAAAGCACAGUCUGAAACACAACCCUGAACGGCUGGCAUCGGCCAAGUGGGCCGAUAGGCUCCACCAAGAGAACAAGCUGCGGCCAGCAGAUACCGAGUGUGCAAAUACCCAGGAACCCUUGGAAUGCAUCAUGCAGUGGGCGACGGAGUCAAAUCAGCUAAAUUGUGAUUUCGUGAUGAAAAAGGGGCUUCAGUGGCUUGAGAAGACCGACCUGGGUGGUAAGUACUAUGAGGUAGCUGCACCUAUUGUUGACGAUCAAAUCUUCAAGGCGGCCAUACGUCUCGCCGCUUGGAUCAAUGCCCUAGCGGAGGAUAGGGGAACAGCCGAGAAAUUUAGAGGCGUCCACCUUCAAGGUGAUCUCUGA